AGUGGUUAGAGGGCUUCCACGAGAGGCAGUGCUCGCGGGGGUAUUGGUAUAGAGCUGAUCGAGGUAUAAAUCUGUGAACGUUUUGAAAAACAAAAAUUCAGGUGAACUUAAAUUUGAAAAUAAAUCUCAAUUUACCAAAAAAAAAUGAAUGAUUAAAUAAAAAAAAUAUCCAGUGAUUUUUUUUAAGUUUGAAAAAGUGUAAAAGAGCCCAUUUCAAAAGAAAAAAAAUUGGAUCAGAAAUGACAACCCAUUUUCUACGAGAAAAUUAGCUUAAUUGGGCUCAAUUGUGUUCCAUAGAGAUAUAAUUAUUAAAAUAAUGACAGCAUAUUAUUAAUUGAAACAAUAAUUGGUUAAUUGUAAUUGAUCUGUUGAUUGUUUAUAUAUUGGUGGAAAAAGUGAUAACUCUGUUGAAACAUGACGAGGCAACGGGCAAGCAACAGUUGCAACAGGAGGAGGAGUCCCAGCUUCAACAACGGGUACAACGGGAGGAUGAUAACGGGAGUUCUGUUGUUCACCUUCCUGUUGUCAACGGCUCCAACAGACGCCGCUGUUGGAGAAACUAAAGAGAACAUAGAGCAAGCGACGGCUGUGGAGGGCAAGACAGCAGAAAUCCCCUGCCUUGUGACCUCUACUGACAAGGUCAUGUUGACCCUUUGGUAUAAGGACAACACUGGCAUGCCGAUCUACAGUUACGACGCCAGAUCCAAAGCGACAAGGUCAUGGGUGGACUUGGUGUUGGGGUCGAGAGCCACCUUCGUGCCAGACAGCACGCCGCCCUACCUCAAGUUAGAGGACGUGAAGGAGGAGGACGGAGGUGUCUACACAUGUAGAGUCGACUUCAAGUUAUCUCCCACCCAGCGAGCCAAGGCCAACCUCUCCGUUAUCAUUCCUCCUGGAUCCCCCACUAUUCUGGAGGAAGAUGGGACGCAAGUUGAUGCUGUUAUCGGUCCUUACGACGAGGGCACCUUCUUCAAAAUCACCUGUCAGGUCAUUGGAGGACAGCCGCCCCCGCAAGUGACGUGGUGGCAAGGAAAGGACCUCUUAGACGGAGAGAUUGACAGCCAGACUGGAAACGUCUACCGGAACACCCUCAUCGUAGGGCCCCUGACCCGUGAACACCUCAACGCUUUCUACGUGUGUCAAUCCAUCAACACAGACAAGAUUGACCCUCCCAGCAAAGCGGUCUCCCUCGAUGUCAACUUCCGGCCUCUGACAGUGGAGGUCCUUGGCUCGGGGCAACCCUUAACCUCAGGGAUGCAAUACGAAGUGACCUGUAGGAGCACCGGGGCUCGACCCCCGGCCCUAAUCACCUGGUGGAUGGAUGACAAGGAACUUACCAACGCUACGUCUCAUACUGAGAACCUUGGUAACGUCACCCUAAGCACCCUGACUCUUGUUCCUGACGAUUCCGACGGAGGUAAGCUCCUCAGGUGCCUGGCUCAGUCCCCCGUCAUCGACCACCAGCCUAUCGAAGACUCCUGGAAGCUCGACAUCCAGUAUGUGCCCCAUGUGAACCUGAGUUUGGCUGAAGACACAGACAUGGAAGACAUUAGCGAAGGAGACAACGUGACCUUCGUAUGUAAAGUCAAGGCCAACCCCACUGUCUCCAAGAUCAGCUGGUACCAUAGGGGCAUCCAGAUCCACCCUAACGUGACAGGAGGCAUUGUCAUCACCAGACAUAAGCUCAAUCUCAAUGAUAUACAGAGACAAGAUGCUGGUUUCUACACCUGCGUCGCUUCCAACGCCAUUGGUGACGGAGAGAGCCACCCCAUAGUGCUCAAUGUGAAGUACGUUCCAGUGUGUUCAGACACAAGGAAGCAAGUGAUUGGCGCCGCCAAACACGACCAAGUUCAGAUGGAGUGUCGUGUUAACGCCUCCCCGGGCAAAGUCACAUUCCGCUGGUACUUCAUUUCGACGGAAGAGCUGGUGAACAUCUCCCAAGAGAGCUUCUCAGUACAAGACCGCACCUCCCUUCUGAACUACAAAGUGAACUCAGAGACCGACUACGGCAACAUUCUCUGCUUCGCCUCCAACGAGCUGGGCGACCAGUCAGAUGCUUGUACUUUUGCGGUGGUUCCUGCAGGCAAGCCUGAUGCCCUCGAGAACUGCACCAUCACUAACCAGACUACUAACACGAUCUUCGUUGAUUGUCUUCCUGGCUAUGACGGCGGCUUGGAGCAGCAAUUUGUGCUUCAGGUCUUUGAGUUCGAUGGAGAAACCCGCCAUAUGAUGCUCAAUAUCACCGAGAUGGUAGAACCUUCCUUCACGAUAGAGGGUCUUCAUCCUGGAACGUCUUAUCUCCUGGCCAUGUACGCGGAGAAUAUCAAAGGAAUGAGUGACCAGCGAACCCUUCACGGGUUUACAUUGCCUUCGCUGCCAGGACAGAGGAACCGGAUCAGCCACCCCCAUAUCUUCCCCAUCACGCCGAUCUUGGGGGUCCUGAUCGGGGUGGUGGGGGCACUGGUGUUGGUGGCCAUCGUGGUGGUGGUGGUGAUGAAGCUACGAGGCGAUGCCCUGAGGGCCAAGGACCCACAAGACUCCAGCCUCAAGGUCCCACACCCUUCUCUCCAACACACCAAGGACCCGGACGAUGGACCUGAUGUUAUUCUCUGUCGCACUGAUCCAACUUACGAAGAUGUGGACGGCAUUCCACAGAAGCUGAAACACGCCAAUAUCUACGAGACUGUGCCCUACGACAACAAAGACAGCCACUCAAAAAACUCCGAGAGCACCGAGAAGGACGACGUUGAGUACGCUGAACUCACCUUCAACAACGGGAAGAGUAAGCACAAGACCGGCAAGAAACAGGGAGGCAGUGGCGCCAAUGGGGCCGUUCGUUCGAGCGAGGACGCGACUAUCUACGCAACAAUCGAUCACGCCCGCACAGCGCAGCAGCAGCAGCAACAGCUGAAGCAGCUAAAGCAGCAGCAGCCGCAGGCGAGCAAAUUAGGGAAGCAGGCCGCAAGGGACGUGGAUUCCGCUGCUCUUCGGGAACCUGACGAGAUUCCGCUCAUGGACGGGGCGCUAGAGAGUAGUGUGUGAGUCAGUUGAAGCUUCGCCAGGCUCCUGGACGCUGGCUAAGCAGCAUCUGAAAGGCCAAGCGUACGUUCGCCGGGCUUAUCCACCUUCUGUUACUCGCUUCCAGUAGGUUAAUAGCAAAAAAGGACGAAAUGGGAUAUACACGAUGAUAAGUUUGAUAACUAUUUACAAGUAGCCAGCUAAGUGUAUAUGUUAUCGUUGGUGUAUAUCAUGUAUGGUGAGGUGUGUGUAUGAAGUGAAAUGGUUGUUGGUAGAUGAUGUAUUUCACGGAUAUCACAGGUGUUCCGCCUCACGGAUAUCACAGGUGUUCCGCCUCACGGAUAUCUAAGAUGUUGUGUCACUAUUACAUCUAAGAUUACACGUUAUUCGGAUAUCUUAGAUGAUGUACCUCAUGGACUAAUUGAAAGGACUAAUUACAAAUAUUUUUUAAUUUAAUUACUAUUACUAAUUCCUUUAAUGUUACAAUUUAAUGAAGGUGAUGCUUAAUUGGCAUGGAUAAGAUACCAAACGGGUGGAAAACAGUUAAUAUAUAUUUUUUUUAGAAAUCAUUGAAAUUUAGUUGAUAGUUGAUUAGAAGAAUUUUUUUUUGACAGAACAUGUGGGUGAAGUGUGUGUGUACUCUCUUGCACAGUGUGCGUGCACACAUGCCUGAUUUGCGUGUGCACUUGGGAUGUUUGAGUGCGCGAUUGUGCUUUGUGGUCGAUGGUGAGCACUGGCAAGAACCUCUUGUAUAAUUCAGGUAAAAUACAUUGCCAAAACGGCAUCAACAUUAUACAGAAACAUUAUACAUGAAACUGAAUAUCACCAGGUGUUAUAUCGAGACGUAAAUAUUAAUGAUUUUAUUGCGGAAUCGAACUCUCUCCCGUUUGCCAAAGGAGUUCAGGAAUGCGGAUUCUAUCCGCUCAAUGACUUCAAUAUUUUCCCACAUUUUAUGAUGAUUUGUAGUGUGAGUAAUAAUUCAUAAUUAAGUAUAUGUAAAAAAUCUAUUAAUAUACGUUUAAUUAAUAAAAACGUCAAUAAACGUCUAAUUAAUUAAAAAAGGCACUAAAUUGUCGAGAGUAUUCUGUAAAGAAACAAACACAUACACUAACAAAAAGUAAUUCGUAUCUAAAAAAAAUAAAUAAUUGGCUCACCAAUUUGAUACAGAUUUGGGAAUUAUCAGCCAAUCACGGUGAAAUUGCUUAACACUGUGGUUCAAAGCUGAAGAGGGUUUAAAUGCCCUGUUAUUAGGUCACAUAUCACAGCAUUGUUUGUCACUAUGUAGGGUUCUAUGUAGAUCACAAGGUGAUAUAUAUAUCUAGGAGAAAGUAUUAAUGUUGUAUUGCGGUAUCGAACUCUCUCUCCCGUUUGCCUAAGGAGUAAACUUCAACAAGCAUAACACUAAUCACCAGCCUCGUUCCUCUGAGAGUUUAGGUAUGAUUCAGUGUAAUGUGUAUGGACAUUUUUCUAUAUGUAUGUACAUGUAUAUAUAUAUUUAUAUAUAUAUGAAUAGGUGUAAGUUUUAUUAAAAUUAUACUUUCUAUUUCCUAAAUGGCAUAGAACUAUUUUUAAGAAAAUAAUGUAAGAUUUUAUUUGUAUUGUCUUAAGGCAAUUCUGUUACCUCUUAAUUGUGUACUGGAAACUAAAGCCAAAUAUCGCACCAUUAGUCCACUGUUUUCUUUUCUUGCUGACAAUCAGAAAUAACUUAACAAAGAUAUCAUCGACUCACUGAACAUGUGUCUUCAAUUGUCUUCCCUUGUCAGCUGAGGUCCUGCCCACGGUGACACGUUCCUGGGCACCAAGAGUACGGUAGUGGGGCAUGGGUUACUGUAUUGAGUGGGCACGGUAGUGGGGCAUGGGUUACUGUGAUGAGUGGGUACGGUAGACGGGCAUGGGUUACUGUGAUGAGUGGGCACGGUAGUGAGGCAUGGGUUACUGUGAUGAGUGGGUACGGUAGUAGGGCAUUGGUUACUGUGGUGAGUGGGUACGGUAGUGGGGCAUGGGUUACUGUGAUGAGUGGGUACGGUAGUGGGGCAUGGGUUACUGUGAUGAGUGGGUACGGUAGUGGGGCAUGGGUUACUGUGGUGAGUGGGUACGGUAGUGGGGCAUGGGUUACUGUGAUGAGUGGGUACGGUAGUGGGGCAUUGGUUACUGUGGUGAGUGGGUACGGUAGUGGGGCAUUGGUUACUGUGGUGAGUGGGCACGGUAGUGAGGCAUGGGUUACUGUGAUGAGUGGGUACGGUAGUGGAGCAUUGGUUACUGUGGUGAGUGGGCACGGUAGUGAGGCAUGGGUUACUGUGAUGAGUGGGUACGGUAGUGGGGCAUGGGUUACUGUGGUGAGUGGGUACGGUAGUAGGGCAUUGGUUACUGUGGUGAGUGGGUACGGUAGUGGGGCAUGGGUUACUGUGGUGAGUGUGUACGGUAGUGGGGCAUGGGUUACUGUGGUGAGUGGGUACGGUAGUGGGGCAUUGGUUACUGUGGUGAGUGGGUACGGUAGUGGGGCAUGGGUUACUGUGGUGAGAGAGAGAGAAUGGUUACAUCGGCUAUAAUUAACCGACUCAUUAUUAACAUCAACAAAAUUACCGUCAUCAAUUACAAGAGCUGUAACAAACAUUCGUAACACCUCCAGCACAACCAAGUCCCCCUCACAGCCUAUGGUAACCAACAUACCAAAUACAACGUGCUAUGAACAGUGUAUCACAAAAAAAUCCUCUUUUUCAUCGGUUGGUUAGUUUUGGAGGUGUAAGUUUGUGCGUUUCUGGUAAGACUAUAGAACACUGGAUUCUGUACGUUGUGGCUUAAAAUGGCCUGGACUAGCAGUGACUGUCUGGGGAUCGAGGCCCUCCGUCGGGUCCGCUGCUAAUAAAAUACGAAAAAGGUUGCCAACUUUUUCAGAUGAAACUCUCGAGUAUAGUAGGUGAUUCGUUGAACAGUGAACUGUUAAUAUUGGUUCGAAUACCUUUUUUAUAUCCACGACCUUUAGUGGCGUGGCUGUAUCCCGUUUUAAAGACUUGACAGCCGAGGCCAUUUAAAAUUUGUUGGUUAAGCAGAGGCAUCGAACCUAUUCACAAUAAUCGAACGUAUUCACAACUCACCUUAUGGGGAGAACUUGUCUUCCUAGUCUGCGGAAAAAAUAAAUGUUUAUUGCUAUAUUUUUUCAUUAAACCACUUCCAUUAUUACGCUGUGGUCAAUAGUGUCAAAAUUGAAUUCGAUUAAGUUUGUGAGGAAGUAUGGUAAUGAUGAUAAGUAUGUUAAACGGAUCUCAGGACUAAACAGGGAUUUAUCUCUUAAAUUUGACAAAAUUAUAUUCUCUGAUCAGUGACAGAUUAGUGUUGGAAACAGAAGUUUAGUUUUAAACAUUCAUUAUUAUCUACAUUCUUAGUUGCAUUUGCUUGUUGCAAGCUGGGCCUUUCCAAAGGUGCACAGGUACCUGAAGCAAUAUUGUCCUUCAUUUAAUGAACCAGUUAAACAUCAUUAGUAAUGUAAAUAUUUUAACAUUACUACUAUUAUUUGCUUCUUCAGUGUAACAGUUUUUGUCAAGUAUUAUGAUAUUUAACGAAAAUAUAACAAUUGGUACUUUUUAUGUAACAUGGAUUCAAUGGACAUUCAGGAUACCAAAAUGCAAUUACUAUCAUGCCUACAGAGCAAAAAGUUUAUGAAAUAUAUUGUAAAAUCUUCCACGUUUUCAUUCGACAAUUGGCACCACAAGCGCUUGCCUUUUAAUUGGCCGAUUGCUGAAUGCCAAUUAGCUAGAGCAAACUGUACUACAGUGUCCAUACUAUUUGAUAACAUUUUGCGGAACCAAGCACUACGUAACGGAUAUCAUUAAUUGCUAUUUAAUAUCACCAAUUCUUCUAGCAGCCAAUAAUCUAUCGGAAAUUACAUUCGGUUAAAAGCGCGUUUACAAGUAAUGCGAGAGUAACCCAGUCAAUCCCACGUCUCAAAAUCCCUUUCGUGAAACCCAAGGAACAAGAGGUGAAAGGACUUCCCUGCAUUGACCAUAGCCCGUGUUACUUGGAACUUUUUGUUCCAGGUAGCGAAUCUUUAACAACAACAAUAACUGCAGGGAGCAGUGGUGUCGUUCUACCACGUAUCAACGAAGCAAAAUGUGGUCAAUGACGUUAAUGAAACUAUACACCAACGUUGAUGUAAUGAUGAAUUGGCAAUUAUUAAUCGUUAGUCGGGAAGGUUGUGUGCGCAGGGUCCUGUUGAGAGUGAGAGAGAAAGGGAGAGGAAAAGAGAGAGAGAGGUAGGGAAGGAGGGGAAGAAACCGAGAGGGUGAGAGCCAUAAAGGGAGAGGAAGAGAGAUGGGGGAAAGGAGAGAGAAAGAGAAAGAGAGAGACUCAGACCAGGAGAGCAAAAGUUGCCAGAGUGUCUGGACAGUAAAGCAAGGAUGGACUCAGAGCAUUUAUUAGAUAUACAAACAUCGAACUCUGAGGCUGGGAGAGCAAGACUGCCAGGAUAGAGAGAAACCCUGUGUAAUGCAGCGUUUUUGAACGUGUGCACGUAAAAUAGUAUUCUUGUAUUUGUACACGUAAAUGUUAUUCUUGAAAGGGUGUAUGUAACUACGGUAUUCUUGGAAUAGGAGCUUCCAUUGUUGUAGAAUUUUGAAAACGGAAAUUUAAACCUAACAUUUUAAGUAUUUAGUUUUUUGCUGUUUCUAUAAAUGUAUAAAUACUUUACAAAAUAAGUGAAUUACUGAAAUAUAUAUUUCCUUGUAGUUAUUCUGCAUACUUGAUAUAUAUAUAUAUAUAUAUA